GUACUGUGAAUUUGUCCAAAGGUGGACUAAGAGCUUCAAAUCAUCAUCACCGUCCGUUGACUCCGAAAAGCUUCAGCUACGUCUUAGUUCCCAUCGAUAAUUAGGUUCUACGACCACCAUUUUUGACCGACGUCUUGAAGCGAUACACAACGCAAGACUUAAUCACAUCAUAUCAAAAUGGCGGCCGCUGCGAGAGCCCUCAACUUCAUGUACCGCCUGGCGGUCCCCGCUUCAGCUGUCGUCUUCCUAGGCAGUCAGUCUCUAUACGACGUCAAAGGAGGAACUCGGGCUGUGAUCUUUGACAGAUUGUCUGGUGUUAAGGAGACCGUCGUCAACGAAGGAACCCAUUUCCUUAUCCCUUGGCUGCAGAAGAGCAUCAUCUUCGAUGUCCGCACCAAGCCCAGGAAUAUCGCAACAACCACUGGCAGCAAAGACUUGCAGAUGGUUAGCUUGACACUGAGAGUGCUGCAUCGACCAAAUGUCAAGGCUCUCCCCAAGAUUUACCAGAACCUCGGUGCCGAUUACGAUGAGCGAGUCCUCCCCUCCAUUGGUAACGAAGUCCUGAAGGCCAUCGUCGCCCAGUUCGAUGCCGCAGAGCUCAUCACUCAGCGAGAGGCUGUCUCUGAACGAAUCCGAAACGACCUUACUCUCCGUGCUGCCGAGUUCAACAUCGCUCUUGAGGAUGUUUCCAUCACCCACAUGACCUUCGGUCGUGAGUUCACAAAGGCUGUCGAGCAGAAGCAGAUUGCCCAGCAAGAUGCCGAGCGAGCACGCUUCAUCGUCGAGCGUGCUGAGCAGGAGCGUCAAGCCAACGUCAUCCGUGCCGAGGGUGAGUCCGAGUCCGCCGAGGCCAUCAGCAAGGCCAUCCAGAAGGCUGGUGACGGCCUCAUCCAGAUCCGAAAGAUCGAGGCUAGUCGUGAGAUUGCUGCUACUCUUUCAUCAAACCCCAACGUUGCCUACCUGCCUGGUGGAAGCGGAAAGCAGGGUGGCCAGUACCUGUUGUCAGUGGGCAGGGCUUAAAAUAACGGACUUUGUAUGAUGUGAAGGAUGUUGAGGAAAUGACUGGGAAAUCCCCGCUUAUCGUUGGCGAUGAAAACAUUUAUUCAUAAGCGCCAACUAUGUAUUUCUAGAACGAGACCAGACGGGGAAUAUCAACCCUAUCUCACAAUGUAUAAUCGCCGGUGGCUUCACGGCUUCUCCCGUUCCAAAACGACAUUAACU